CUCCUGGGAGAAAACUCACUAAACACUCGCAGGCAGACGCCCUUCGCCAAUCAGGGACGUUCUGUGAUGCCGUCAUCUCCGUCCAGAGUGAAACGUUUCGGGCACACCGGUUAGUACUAGCCUGUGCAAGUAGAGCCUUAGCGCAGCACCUGGCCAAAGGGGACGCAGACAGCCCAGCCCUUUGCACGUUGGAGUAUUUCUCUCCUCGCACCUUCAAGCAAGUUCUGGACUUCACCUACAAGCAAGCUCUCGAAGUGCCGGUGAAAGACCUUCAGCAGCUGCUGAGAGCUGCCCAGCUCUUGGAAAUGCGGCUACUAGAGGACCAGUGUCGCAAACACCUGGACUGUCUUGAAGUCAGAGAGGAGAAUGAAAAGGAAGACGCAGUAGACCUCACAGGGGAAAAAGACAGCGUAGACGAGGAAGAUCAAAAGCAAAAAGGUAGAGCAGCUAUUGAGGGCAAAGUCCAAAAGAAAUCCUCCCCAGUAGAUAAAUCAAGUGUUGGCAUCAUUAUGGAAAGUGUUUCAGCCGUUGAAUCUACUGAUGCUCAAAACAACCAAAAAUCCCCAAGAAGGAAGGCAAGAUUUUCCCCGACUUCAGCAGCACUGUGCAACAGAGACAGUGUCAUUUCUAGGCCCCACACCAGUAGUCCCUCUUUCUCUUCUGCAUGGGCAUGGCCUACAAACUUAUGGGACUCUGGGAAUCACAUAAACACCCUAAGGCGAAUUACAGAGAACUAUUCAAGCAUCUUAGCAGCUCAUCCCCUUCCGUCCUCCAACCCGACCUCUGUGGUGUACCCGUUCCCACUGUCUACUCCACGCAUGUUCCCUUUACUCACUUCCCAUUUUCAGAUUCCCCUUCAAAACACCGCACUAGGCUACACACGCUUCCACCCCCAUCCCUAUGCCCAAAACAUGUACACGGAGGCCUCGCGGAUGGGCAGCAUGAUCAAGAACGGCCUUUUGAAAAGAAAGAAACUGAGCCAAUCUAUUCAAACUGGGGAGACGAGCAGUCACACCACAAAAUAUGCUUCCUGUAGCAAUCCCGAGGCGCCCAAAGUCAGAGAAAGAGCUGAAGAGUGCCAACACUGCCGUACAAGACUCCUCUGUGAUCCAGUGCUGCGGGAAUCAGCCUCCACACGGUUAGGUCAAAGCUACGAUGGAUGUCAGUUCUGUGGAAGGGACGCUGUGCAACACGAAGCAAAUGGCAGAGACCACAGAGGAGAAAAGCCCUACCAGUGCAAGCACUGUCCCAAAAGGUUCAGCCUCAAACACCAGCUCGAUACGCAUCAUCGUGUUCACACCGGAGAGAAGCCGUUCGAGUGUCGCCUCUGUGGUCAGCGCUCACGGGACUACUCCGCCAUGAUCAAGCAUCUGCGGACCCACGGCGGCGCUGCGCCCUACCAGUGCACCGUCUGCCUGGAGUUCUGCAACAGCCUGGUCUCCAUGCAGAGGCACGUCAAGAGCCACGCAGUGCAGGACUUCCCCCCUGACUGGAGCAUCAACAACACCUACAUGUACAUCUCCCACAUCUGAGGCCAUCCAUAUAAGCUGUAGCUCUAGUCGGGGACUCUCGCUGUUAAAGGUUUAAUUUACAGCACUGCGGUGGUACUCAUAGCAAGAGAUCUGUUGUUCCCGAACAAAAAGGGGAAUGUUGAAUAAAAACAUUGCUCUACUUGAAGGUUUCAAGGGCAAACUGGGCCCUCAAGGGUGUAAUAUCUAUGCAAAAUGAAACUGUUCUCUAUUUGCAUUCACAAUAAUAGGAAAUACAGAUGCAGUACUAUUUUCCAGUGACAUUAAAGGUUUUGAAAGUGUUUACCAGGCAUUAAAGCCACAUCAGCAUCUAAUCCUCGAUGCAUGACGCAGGAAUCCUCCCUCUGACUUUCAGAAUUAUUGGGUCGCUUGCGCCAGCGUUGCAGCUUUGACCUGGGUUUCUAGCGCCCUCCAGAGGACAUGCACUGAAAACAACAAUCCGCAUCUGGUGAUCAAGCUUCAAAUGCCAUGCAUAAAAUAACAAAGGACCGACCUGUAUUAUUGUUGUGCGGUAAAAAUAAAACAGAACAACGACUUUAGUUUUUGCUCCCUCUAAAACAAUACCCACAUUCGCACAGGCAUGCAGACGUGCACAUACAUCCAUACAUUCAUGUCACAUGAAUUACUGAAAUACUUAGGAUCCUGACACGUCCGGUUCGAAGUAUUUAGGUGAGUAUUUAAAUCUGAGGAUCUUAGGAUCUGAGGUAUCAAGAAUUCAAAAUUGAAAUUCAAACUAAGUAUAUUCAGUUAUUUUCAAAAUCUCAAAAACUGUCAUUUUUAAGCAGUUGCCAAUUAUGUUUCAUUUAUUUAUAAUAAAAGGUUGUAUAUACACAUUUUUAUCUAUCCCUUAACAGUAUUAAAGUAUGAUAAAUAUGAAUUUGUUCAAACCAUUAGGAGUGUGAUGUUCUGAUCCUGUUAUUCUUAUUUUUUCAUCCUUAGCUAAGAGAAACAAGUAGUCUACUUUGGGCUUUGGCACUGCUUAUGAUAUUAUUUUUGCCCCCACAGGUCUAUGAUUAUUAUAAAACCAUUUGCCGAUAUAUCUAACAAAUGAGUGCUUACCUUUUUACCCAUUAGAGGAACUCUUUUGUUUUCUGCACUGCCUCCAUUGGUUUCGUUUCACUUGAAUCUUGUCCUUCCGAUUAAACGGUACUAGGCAGAUGAAAUGUUUUUACAAAAGCUACACACAAGGUAUACGGCUGAUGUUUUCUCAGUAGUUUAUGGUUGCAAUAUGUAACAUUACACCAUGCGGUGUAAUGCAAGGAGCUUUCAGGCCUGCUUCCAUUUUGCAGGUAACUAGAUCUCAACAGCAUUAUCGUAAUAUGUAUGAAACAGAAAAUAAAUAAAUGUUUUUUUUUUCGCCAGUCAAGGAUUUACCAGAUAAAUGAGCCAUGUUACUGCUGCACCGAAUAAAUAAGUUUGCAAAUAA